AUGGCGGACGCUGUCUCGAAGCAUCGAGCUGAGUUUGCCUUUGCUCAGCUUGAGAACGAGAGAGCUCUGACAUCUCUUCGUGACGAGCUAAGAGUAGCUCGUGGUAUUGUUGAUCGGUCUCGGGAUGAGAUAACUGCUCUUCAGACCCUUGUCGAUGCCCACCAUCGGGAGCACAAGGCUCUCUGCGAGAUGCUUGAGCGCAAGGGCUUUCUUCAUCGGAAGAAGCAGCGUACUGAUGGGAUGUUUUAA